GAGCUGAAGGAUCUACCUUACAAACAGCUAUUCUGGAGCUAAAAAAGAUCGUCCGGUUGGCUGGGCAGUGGUUCAACCCAGUUCAGUGAGCGGCUCGUCGGAGACGGAACCCUGGACACCACCAUCACCGCCCCGUGAGGCACUUUCAGAUAUGGCUGCCUUUGAACAACACUAAGAAGAUACUCUCUUUGACAUCUACGCAAUUUUGCAAUGCCCAGCAAAAGCAAAAAGGGAAAAGGAAAGGCCCACAGUGCCAAGGCCAAGAAGGAAAAGGUUGAUAUUAUGAGCCCAGCAGCCAUGUAUAAUCUGUACUACAUCUCUCACAAUGCCCCUGACAGCCUGAUCUUCCGAGGCUUCUCCUGGUCUGGCGGUCAGAGAAAGAAAGGACGAAAGUGA